CGUGUUUAUAGUGCAUAGGCUUUACUUCAUUAUAUUUCUACGACCAAUAUUUUUACCCGAUUGUAAAGGAACUUUAUUCGUUUAUGCACGGUGUAAGAAGUAACUAUGUUUAAAACAGUGUUUUCAAAUCUAAAAAUGAUGAUUAAUACGUCUACAUUUUCCAAAGGACUUAUAAUUUUCUUAGUGUAUUAUCUCACGAUAAUUUCAACAGUAACAAUUGCCGAGAAACAGACACAGGAAGAAAAUGUUAUUAUUGAAAUUGACAUCCAGAAUCGUAGAGUAACACUCAACGAUAUCUUAGCCGAAGAUAAUGCCGAGGAAUUUCAACAAAACAUAGUGGAUGAAAAUGAAGAAAACCUCACUACACAACAAAUUAGUCAAAUUAUGGGUUCAAUACAACUAGGAGUAAAACAUGAAAUGAAAAUUAGAACUGUAACACCCGUUUCAUUUCCUAGUGAUUUUAAUAAAAAUAAUAUGCAGGAGUUUCGUAAUUGGCAUGAUUCUAACAAUAACCGUUAUCCAAAUUUUUUUUUUUAUAUAUACGCUCCACUUACAUUCCAUUAUUUCAGACACUUAUUUGGCAUUAACUCAGAAGAUUAUACUACCUCGUUUUGUAACUCACCUCUUCGGGAACUUUCCAACCCGGGUGCUAGUAAAUCAAUAUUUUACCUCACACCAGAUGAUAAAUUUAUAAUGAAAUCUGUACAGCAAACCGAAGAUCAAUGUUUAGUACAUUUACUUUCCAAGUACACCACUUAUUUGACUGACAAUCGGGAAUCUCUGUUGCCAAAAUUUUCCGGUUUUUAUGGUUUUCAGUGCAAUUCAAUAAGCAAUAAAAUAGUAACUAUGAACAAUUUACUACCUUCUGGCAUAAAAAUGCACCAAAAAUUUGAUCUGAAAGGUUCGACUCUUGGUAGAAAUGCUUCCGUUCGUGAAAAACGUAAAAAAUCGCCUACAUAUAAAGAUUUAGAUUUUAAAAAUGAACUUCAUCCCAGGGGUUUAUUUUUGAAGACAGACACUCGCUUAGCUCUUCUCAAAACAAUAGCAAACGAUUGUGAAAUACUAAAAGAAUUUAAUAUAAUGGAUUACAGUAUUUUAAUGGGUGUUCAUAACAUCGACCAUCAUUUGGAAACCGAUGACAAUCCUUCAUUAAGGUCGGCAGCUAUUCUCAGGUGGGAGAGAUUGAUGGCUGAUUCAGUAGAGGGAAAUAUUCAAGCUUGGACUUUGUCAGAAGAAAAUUAUGCUUCAUUAAGUGGUAGCAUACCUGCUAAAAGUGUCAAUGGUGAUAGAUUAUUACUAUUUGUUGGAAUUAUUGACAUACUUCAAACUUUUCGAAGAACAAAAAGCCUAGAGCAUAGAUUGAAAUCAAUUAAAUUGAAGGUUACACCUUGUCAGAAAGAAACUGCCGACUCUAUUUCUGUACAACAUCCCGGAUUCUAUAAAUCUAGAUUUCUUGAAUUUAUGACCAAUUCAGUGUUCAAGCCAAUGUUGUCUCCUGAAGAACUUAAUAAAUUAUCCAAGCAACCAAUCGACAUACAAUCGUCGAGUGUACGGCGGAAUUCUAAAUUAUCUAUCAUUAUAAUGCCAGACUGUUUAAAAUAACCCAAAACAAAGAUGAUGACAACUAUAAUGAAUAAUACCUGUUAAUAUAUCCAUACUGUGUUGUACUAAUAAUCGUAGAUCUGAAAUUUAGAAAUAUUCGUCGGAGUGCAUGAUCAGUUUAUUUUUUAAUUUUGGUUUUAAAGUCCACAACGUUUGUUUCUUGCAAAAAAAAUUAAUUUUAUGACUUAAAAAGUUAAGAAAUAUAAUUAGAAAACUUUGCGACUGUAUCGUCCGUUUGACGAUAUUUGUUCUUAAUUUAUAAUAGGUACUAUUAUUUUUAUCGAUUUCUGUGUACUUACAUUAAUAUAAUAUACGUAUAUUUAUUUA